AUGUCUGCCAGCCCAGGCGAGAAGAAAGGGCUGUCGGCGUGGCUGCGGCCCAAAAAGUCGCGCCAGAAGCUGCGCAAGCGAGGCGCUGCGUCGCUCACCUCCGCCAGCAGCACCAGCCUGGCCAGCACGUAUACCAAUGCCGGCCAUGCUGCUUACGAUGCCGACGCGCCGCCGCUGCCCAUGGCGCCGCUGCAGGCCCAUCGCGAGAAAUACCGCCAGGCGCAUGCCCAGCUCGACUCGCAGCUGGGCGAGAACCGCGACUACACGGCCAUGCUGCACGCCCUGGGCCUGCAGGAGCCCUUCGACUCCGGCCCAUCCGCGCCCGCCGACGAGGAUUCCCGGCCGCGCGGAGAACGGGCCAUCGCCAGUCUGCCAAAGCAUCUCUGGCACAGAAUCGCCGACUAUCUCAAUCCGCAGGACGCCGCCAGCCUGGCCCUCGCCAGCAGGACGCUGUAUCGCCGGCUGGGCACGCGGCCGUUUGCCGUGCUGAAUCGCCCCGAGAACUACGAGUAUAAGCUCGGCUUCCUGGUCUAUCUGGACCGUUCGCUGCCACACCAUCUGCUCUGCAUCCCCUGCGCCCAGUAUCACCGCCGUACGCAGGAGGGCAACGAGCAGCUGCAGCCGGCCCAUGUGCUGAACCCGCUGUUCAACUGCCCCAAUGCCCGCAACAUGCUGCGUCCGCCGCCGCGCCUUCGCAUUGCCCACGGCCGCGUGCUGCCCUUCACCUUUGUGCAGCUGGUGAUGCGCGCCCACCGCUUCUCGCCGUCGUACGGCCUCUCGCCCGAGGCGCUGGCCCGGCGCUGGCGGCGCGACGGCUGGAGCUUCAACACGCGCUACCACAUCCACGACGGGCGGCUGCUUAUGCGGGUUAUCAGCUCGACGUUUGCGCCGCCGGGGCUGACGCCCAGCGCGCAGCGCAUGCUGCUCUUCUCGCGCGAGGACUACUGGCCGUUCUUCUCCGUGUGCGCGCACUGGCGCGACGGCGAGCUGAUGAGCGUGUGCAAAUGCGCCCUGAGCCAUGUGCCGCAGCCGCGCGAGACGGCCGGCUUCCAGAAUGUCGAGGCCCGGUUCAAGGACGCGCUGAAAGGGCGCAGCUACGACCCCAACGCCGUCGCCAGUCUCUGCGGCCACUGCCAGCCCAUGCGCCGCUGCCCGGAGUGCCCGACCGAGUAUCUCGUCGAGAUCAAGCUGACCGAGGACCGCAGCGACCCUAAGAGCAUCCACUUCCGGCACGCCAUCGUCGUGACGCGGUGGAGCGACCUGGGCGACGGCACGACGCCGUUCGCCUCGCGCGAAUGGGCCGCCUGCACGGGGACGAACCGCGAGCGCUACGACUCGUUCGCGGCGCUGGGCAAGCGCGCCAUCUCGGGGAUCUUCGAGUCGGCCUUUACGACCGACACCAUCCCGGGGCGGCGGAUCCUGUCGAUGAACCCGACGGGAAAGAAGGGUGGGGAGGAUGACGAUGAUUGGUAUUAA